GUUCCCGUUCCGCGCUGCCUGCCGGGACGCGUAGUCCCGCGGCCCCGCACCGCUCCCGCUCGCACCAGGACACCCCUCUGCCCCGGUGAGCAAUGGAGGGAGAUCCCACCCUGCAGCUCCGCGUCUUCGACCUGAACUGCUGGGCCAUCCGCUACCUGAGCAAACGGCGACAGGAGCGCAUCCAGCUCAUCGGGGACAUGCUGCGCCAGGAGCGCUUCGACCUGGUCCUUCUCCAGGAGGUGAGAGGUGCCAAGCCCAGGGCUGUCCAUGGGGCUGUGCCAGAGCUGUGCCAUGUCCUUGGUAUUUGCCACAUGGAGACACCAGUGCUCGGCGUGAUCGGCAGCGGCCUCUGCGUCUUCUCCAGGUUCACCAUCCUGGACACUCUCCUCUACCAGUACUCACUGAAUGGGUACCCCUACAUGCUCCAGCACGGGGACUGGUUCUGCGGCAAGUCCGUCGGCCUCGUCAUCAUUAAGAUCUCUGGGAUCAUCUUCAAUGUCUACGUCACCCAUCUACAUGCGGAAUACUGCCGGGAGAAGGACGCCUACCUGCCCCACCGCCUGGUGCAGGCCUGGGAGCUGGCCCAGUUCAUCCGACACACCUCAAAGGCAGCUGACGUGGUGCUGCUGGGGGGGGACCUGAACAUGCACCCUGAGGACGUGGGCAUCCGGCUGCUGCGUGGCUGGACGGGGCUGCGGGAUGCCUUUGCCGAGGCCAAGCACUUUGAGGGCUGUAAGGAUGGCUGCACCCUCAUCCCCAGCAACUGCUUCACCAUCAAGACAGAGCUGCUGCCCUUCCCGCUCGGCAUCCGCAUUGACUACAUCCUCUACAAGGCCAUCUCCAGCUUCACGGUGAAGUGUGAAGAGCUAAGGACCACCACGGGGUCCGCUCCAGGCAUGGACAUCCCCUUCUCAGACCAUGAAGCCGUGAUGGCAACGCUGCACAUCAGGAGGCAGGGAGAGGCUGCGAGUGCCACCCUCAGCACAGCUGAGCUGGCACUGGUGGACGUGGUGACAGAGGCACGGACAGAGGUUGGUGUGGGGCUGCGGGCAGCGCAGCGGCAGCGCUACUCCACGGGCAGGCUGGCGGUGCUGGCGCUGCUGCUGCUGCUGCUGCAGGCAGCGGCUGUGCUGGGCACGCUGGCGGGGCUGGGCGGGCAGCCCUUCCCCAAGCUCUCCUUCUCCCUGCUGGCCUUCCUUGCCAUCGGCAUCCUCCUCCUCGCCACUGGCCUCCACCUCUUCCACACCAUCGAGGUGAAGAUGCUGCAGGGCACCGAGGAGCAGAUGCGGAUGGUGCUGCGGGCGCUGCAGGAGCGGCCCAGCGAUGGCUGAGUUGAGGCCGUGGAUGUCCCACGAUAUCCUCACAGCCCCAUCUUGGUCCCUUUUAGUCUCUUUUUUCUAGCUGACUUCUGGUUUUAGGUGAGCAGCGCUGUGGCCAGCUUGGUGGCACAGGUUCGCAGUCACCUCCCUGGGUGAAAUUAAGAUUUUUGGGGGCAGAUUCAUCAUGUUGGCCCCCAUGGGAACCCUGGGGGAGGCAGGUUUUAAUUGCUUUUUUAACACACCCUUUUUACCUGGAGGGACCCACCUGGAGUGUGGCUGGGAGGCUCCAGAGGCUCAGCCUGGGGUUGCAUCAGGGGCUCCUGGUGAAAGCUGGUGCCUGCUCCAGCAACCGGAUUUGACUCGGAUAGAAAUAAAGGUGAUGUUUUAGCCCUUGG